UCCAACUCAACUUAACUCAACUUACAAAGUCCCAAACUCUCAUCUCUCUACCACGCUCUACUACCAGAUAUCACACAAUCUCAGCACCCCGCCACCUGCCGCCUGCCGGGGAGGUGCCAAUCCAGCCAACAGGCAACAUGAAUCCACCCGGUCCGCCAGCUGCGAAUCGCCCAUCCCGCCAGAUUCGAGGACCACAGUCAGCCUUGACCGACUUCCUCGCUUCACAUAACAUCAGCGCCAAUCAGAUCCGGCAAGAUGCGCUCGCGCGACGAGCAGCAGCCGUAGCUGCUCAGCAGGCUGCAGAGGGUAGCGGGGAUAAUGGGGAUGAUGCUGCUGAUGCUGCUGAUUCUCCUUCCGCUGAGCCAGAACCCCUUCCUGCUCGCCGCAGGAAUGAGAGCAAAGCUCAGUCGGCAAAGAGAAAGAAGGAAGAAGAGAAAGCGAUUGCCAGAAUCAAAGCUUCCAAGCAGUUCCAACGUCGAAGACGUCAAUACGGAUCCGACGACGAGAUGUCCGAUGAAGAUGAAGCUGCACGCGCCCUUUUCCAGGAGACUAUGGCACCCCUGCCGGGGCAGAUGGAGAAUUGUGAGAUCUGUGGGAAGAGAUUCACGGUUACAGCAUACAGUCGAGCUGGCCCUGAUGGAGGACUACUCUGUCCAAAAUGUACAAAAGAGCUUGACCAGGAAGAAGGUUCGGCCCGGAAGAGGAGAAAGACAAACGCAGGACGGCAGCGACGACAAGUACAGAGUAAUCUUCUGGACGGUAUCUACCCCGGUGCGAAGGACCUGGUAACCUUGUGUGUCGAGACCUUGGCCAAGAAUGUGGAUCAAGCCGAGGAUUUUGGAGACCUUCCCCCAGCAUUAAUUGAUCGACUUGCGGCCAUCCUAUCGAAGAAGCGACUCCUGAAUCCGACUACCUUGGAUUUGUUCCUGAAGCCUGAUCGCGAUACUGUGACAGUAUAUGACGGCGCAAAGCUAUCUUCCGAUGACUACAUCAAGAUAUUCCAGAUCGUCCCAAAGAUCAAACAUCUCCGCCUUCGAAAUGCUGUACAGUUCAAAAAUAAGGUGAUGGACCAUCUCCUGGACACUACCGUCGAAUUGGAAAGUCUCUCACUCCACGGUUCCAAUUUAAUCGAUGACACGAGAUGGGAUAGAUUUUUAACCGAGAAAGGAUCACACUUGAAAGCUUUGAAGAUAUAUCACACAGAUGGCUAUUUCGGUGACGAGCAGAUCAAACUCCUUGCAAAGACAUGCCCCAAUCUGCAACGCCUCAAGAUAUCUCACAACCAGAAGGUCACCGACAAAGGUAUUGCACAUAUCGCCAAUCUCCCCGGUCUCCAGCACCUGAGUCUCGAGAUCUAUAAACCAACUAGCUCACCUCCAUAUGUCGAUGUUCUGAACAGCAUUGGUCCUGGGUUACGCACUCUGUCUCUGGCAACAGUGUACCACAUUGAUGACAGUGUCCUCAAAGCCAUUCACGAGAACUGCCAAAACAUCUUCAAGCUUCGAAUCACCGACAAUGAGGUCCUGACCGAUCAAGGCUUCGCCAACCUGUUUACGAAUUGGUAUAACCCUCCUCUCACAUACAUCGACCUUCACAAAUGCCGACACAUCGACGCAGCCGUCCCCCGCGACAAUCCAAACGGUAUCGGUCUUGCCUCCCGUGGCUUCGAAGCUUUGAUGGCCCACUCAGGGAGCACCCUCAGGCACCUGAAUGUGCACUCCUGCCGUCACAUCUCCCUCGAAUCCUUCGAGAAGGUCUUCGCUCCUGGCACGCAAUACCCGGAGUUGAGGGAGAUAGAUCUCAGCUUCUGCCAGAACGUUAAUGACUUUGUUGUCGGCUCCAUCUUCCGCGCCUGUCCGAAUCUGAAGACACUCAAGGUCUUUGGCAAUUUCGGCGUCAGGGAUGUUCGGGUCCCAAAGGGCAAGAUCCUCAUCGGUGUCCCGAACGCGCUGGGAAUGCAAAUCGAGGGCACGGGCGAGGAUGACGGGAGGGUCAUUUAG